AUGCUCAAGUCGUAGUGUUAGAUUCCGGUCAUAUCAGUGUAGAAAGUAAAUUGGUAAAAAAAUCCCUUAUAUCAGAAAUUCAAUCUAAAAUAGGUGAUAAUUAUAGUGAUGAAAAUUAUAAGCAAUUACAAUCUUUAAUGUAUGAUAGAUUUUCUGUUCAACUUUCGUCAACUCAGGUCGAUUCUAAAUAUGAUCUUCACGUUAUUGAUAGAAUAAACAUGCAAUUUGAUGUGGGAAUAUCAAUAGCACCUAAAGCUGCUAAUCUUACUAAAUUUAAAGUUUCCGGACAUUUGCCUCUUUUAAAAGCAAAUUUUUCGGAUAGAAAAUAUAAGAUCAUGAUGAAUAUUAUUGACAAAGUAACUCCCUCAUCACCGUCUUCAUCACCGUCGUCGUCACCGCCGCCGCCGAAUGCAAAAGAAUCACAAACCGUUUCCAGAGAGAUAGUAGAUGAUAAAUUGUCAUUGAGCAGAUUAACAAAUGAAUUGGUUAGAGAAAAAGCUUUAAAAGAUAAAAAAGACGUUCAAUGGGAUCGUUUAAAACACAGGGAUUCUAUAGUAAUGGCCGAAAAGCUAGGACUAGGAAAAACUUUACACGAUUUAAUAGUAAUUGACGAAGAUAACGAUACCCAUGAGGAUCAUGCAGAGGAAUUUUUUGAUGCUCAGGAUACAGAAUCACACCAGAAUGCAAAGGUAAAUCAGAGAACUUUUGAAUUUGAAUUUAAGGUGGACAAAUUCAUUACUACUGUUAAGAAAGCAGAUCCAGAUCCGGAUAAACCAGAGAUUGUUCUUGUUGAUAUGGUUUUGGAACAUUUUGGUUUAAAUUAUGUUUUAAGUUCUUUUGAUAUGUCAGCAGAAGUUGUUCUUAAAUCAUUAAGUAUUGAAGAUAAGAUGUCAGAUACAGGAUCCGAAUUUAGACAUUUAGCUGCAUCGGAAGGAUAUGGAAAUACCCAAUCUGAUGAUUCUGAAGAUCUUGUACACGUAAAAUAUUCAAAAGUUAGUCCAAAAUCACCUGAAUAUAUGACAAAAUAUGAAGGAAUUGAUCAAAGUGUUGAUAUUGAAAUGUCAACAAUUAAUGUAAUUGUAACUCGUAAAAGUAUUUUGAAAUUAUAUAAUUUUGUUCUUGACACAUUUACUUCAUCAAAAGCUACUACAACUCCAAUAUCAGCAACUGUUAGUUCCUUACCAUCACUCGAAGAAGCAUUAGAUUUUUCACCAGAAGCCGAAAAGCCACCUUCACAAUCAACUAUGCGAGUUAAAGUCAAGUUAAAUAGUAUCAGAUUUAUUUUAAAUAAUGAUGGUACAAGGCUUGCUACAGGAUUAUUAUCUCACGCAAGGGUUGCAGUAUUAUUAAGACAAAAUACUAUUCGUGUUGGAGCUCAAUUGGGAAAUUUUUCUUUAUCCGAUGACAUUGCGGAUGCUAAUAGAGCAGAAUCUUUAAGACAAUUACUUACAAUUGAAGGAGAAGAUUUAGCA